CUCUAAGCCGACGAUAUGAGGAAUAACGAUAAUUAUAAAUCAAGGACGCCAUGGAGAAAUAUACAAGCCACUCAAAUGAAAUCUCCGCUGUUGGUGAAUAAAGCCAAUACGAGCUGCUGCAAAAAAUACGCCAAUAUUUGGGUAAUAUUAAUACUAGCCAUUAUUGGCAUUUCAUUGGGUUUGGCUCUUGGAUUAAGAAGUAAACACAAUGGGACAUUAAAACUUGGUUAUGGUGUAAUUGUUUCAAACGGUGAUGGCUGCGCCGAGGUUGGAGGAAAGAUAUUAAGCAAAGGUGGCUCGGCAGUGGAUGCGGCGAUUGCUACAUUACUAUGUGAGGGUGUGAUGCUGCCUCAUAGCAUGGGAGUUGGCGGUGGGUUUGUGGCUACAAUUUACUGCAAGGAAACAGGAAAAAUUGAAACACUAAUAGCACGUGAAACCGCGCCUGCUGCUUCUGCUGAGAAAAUGUUUAUUAAUAAGAAAAUUACAGGCGCUCUUGCUGUUGCUAUACCCAGUGAAAUAUAUGGAUAUUGGUGUUUGCAUGCAAAAUAUGGGAAAUUGCCUUGGAAGGUUUUAUUCGAACCUACAAUUGAGCUAUGCUUUAAGGGAAUUAAAGUUUCAAAGUAUUUGGCGGAUAUAUUAAAACUAUAUUGCGAUCGCAUACGUAGUGAACCCUCAAUGGUCGAAAUUUUUAUUAAUCCAAAUACUGAUGAGCUGUACAAAGAAGGGGAAAUAAUGUAUCGCCCAAAAUUAGGUGAAACUUUGAAAAUAGUGGCAGAAGAAGGACCAGGGGUUAUUUAUAAUGGUGGAAGAGUUGGCAAAAAACUGGUUCAGGAUAUACAAGAAAUGGGUGGAAUUGUUACAGAGUCAGAUUUACGAAAUUAUGAAGUACGUUGGGAAGAUACAGUUAAGGUGCAAUUUAAGCAUGGUUAUACAUUACAUACCACCCCAUUGCCAACUAGUGGUGUUGUGCUGGCUUUUAUACUAAAUGUAAUGGAGCCGAUGUACACAAAAAAUGAAUCGGUAUUUUGGCAUCGAAUGAUUGAAACUUUCAAGCAUGCAUAUGGACAUCGAACCCUACUUGGCGAUAUUCAUUUUGAACCGCAUGUUUCUGAAACUUAUGAAAACAUGCUUGACCCAAGUUUUGCUGCAAAGUCUCGAGAGCUUAUCUUGGACGAUCGCACAUACACUGAUUUCGCUCACUACGGUGCUAAUUUUACAAAUGAGGAGGAUAGGGGAACAGCCAACAUUGCUAUAUUAGCACCAAAUGGAGACGCUAUCGCAGUAACAAGUACAGUAAACAGCCAUUUUGGUUCCAAAGUUCGAUCCCGUCAAACUGGAAUUAUACUCAAUGACGAAAUGGAUGAUUUUUCGACUCCAGGCGUUAUAAAUGCUUAUGGUAUACCAUCUUCACCUUCCAAUUACAUAAAACCUGGCAAGCGUCCUUUAAGUUCAACAUGCCCCAGCAUAGUGCUUGAUCAUAAUGGAAAUGUUAAGUUAAUGGUAGGAGGUGCGGGGGGAUCGCGAAUCACUACCUCUGUUGCUCAAGUUAUAAUCCGGUAUUUGAUGCUAAAUCAUACAUUACAAGAAUCACUUGACGCUGGACGUGUACAUCAUCAGCUGGCACCUAUGCAAGUAGACGUAGAACCAGAGGUACCAGAACAUGUGAACAAUUAUUUGUUAAAAGUGGGUCACGAUAUUAAUUAUUUGGGUGGAGAUAAAGCAUAUUCAGCACUAACUGCAAUUGGCCUAAAAACAGAGAUGCCUCAAGCCGCAUGCGAUCGCCGUCGUCUAGGCAGCUGGAAAAUUAUAUCUCCGGAUGUUUAGUGUAUAAAAAAUCACCGUCUGAACAGGAUAUUAAAUAACUUUCAACUAAUUUUUAUAGAACGUAAAACUAGAUAUUACACGUGGCUUGAUCUCAGCAAAUCAGUACUAUUGCAGAUUUCUAUUACUAUUCAAUUCCUUUUAGAGUAGCCUUCUAAACUGAAUUCUGAAUCAACUUUUUUAUUGUAUAUAAUAUAAAUAUUUCGAUAUUCCGGCAAACAUUUUUAUUGAUACUUGUAAACUUAAUUUCAUGACAAAUAUGUAAAUAAUUUUGGAAUUUUAUUAGAAAGAUUGUAAUAAUGAUUUUUCUGACCGGAUACAAACACCGCUUGCACGGUUAUAGCCGGAGAUAUUAUAUAUAUAAUGAUUUUCAAUUCUGUGAUUGACCUUUUCCGGAUCUACUUUAUAAAUUAAAUUAACGCCUUCAGGUGAGUUUAUAUAAUAUAGAUAUAUUUAAUUUCAUUUCAAUGUGGUUGCUUUUAAUAAAAAUAUCGUGGAUACGAAGCAAAAUAUAGUAAUGAAAUUUAAUAAAAUACCAAAUAUGAUUAUACCUAUC